AUGUGACAGGAAAAAGUGUCUUGUUGCUGCAAAAGCAUGUGAUCAGAAUGAAGAUGCUGCAAUAGAGUCUCUGGAUUUAUCAAGAAGAUGUCUGACUAUCUCACAAUAGCAGAUCUAGGAGAUCUCUACAUAGCUACGUUUGAUGCUCGAAUCAAGUGGCGAAACUUCUUGCUGGUUCUUAAAAUAUCCUCGGAUACCAUCGACAGCAUAGGUACGAAAUGGCGAGAUGAUCCUGAUGACUGCUAUCGUGAGGGUUUGAAAGAAUGGCUGAAAGGUGGAGAGAGACGCUGGGAAGAUGUUGUCAAAGCUUUGUCCAGUCCCAUUGUGGGCCACGUUCACAUAGCCAGAACCAUCGAGAGAGAUCAUCUACAGUCUAGCAACCCUACUGAUGUGAAGUCAGAGGUUGACCACAAUCACCAGAAGAUCAAUGAAGAUUUGACCAUUUUCCUGGACGAGCCACUCGGUAGUGGUGCAUUUGGAGCAGUCUUCAAAGGCAGCUACAGAGGUGAUCCUUGUGCUAUCAAACUAUUACAUCAGGUUGCUAUGGAGAUGCAGACAAACAUUCCCGCCACCAAAAGUAAAGAUGCUAGCGAUACAAUUGAUCGUGAGAGUGAUUUUCUCAAGUCGUUCCAGCACCCAAACGUUGUUCAGUUUUUAUCGACUGCUCAGCACCCCAAAUCAGGUGGUACAAUUCUUGUUGUUGAGCUGAUGGAUUGCAAUCUGAGAUCCUAUUUCUCCGGCCUUGAUGAAGAGUCCCUCACUAGCGAAUGUGAAAUUAGCCUCUCCAAAGACAUGGCUUGUGGUCUGGCCUACAUUCACAGCAAGCUGAUUAUCCACCGUGACCUCUGUGGUGAUAACGUCUUGCUGAAGCUGACACUGCCAGUGCCUGUUGCAAAGAUUUCCGACUUUGGCAUGUCACGGCUAUACGAUCCCUCCAAGCUCAGCUCCACCCUCACAGCCAUUGGUCAGCGUAGAGGAUAUCUACCUCCCGAGGCCUAUCGAUUGGAAGAGGAGAAUUACAAUAGUAGCCUGGAUGUGUUUUCCUUUGGGGUGAUUUUGACGCAGAUUGUUUGCAAGUUGGAGACAAUCAAAUCAGCCAAGGAUCGAUCAUUCCAUGUUGCCCAGAUCCCUCACACACACAGGUUGAGGAAGCUUAUCGACAGUUGUUUACAAGAAGACAUGACGAGGAGACCAUCUGCCAGGGACAUCUAUGCUUCACUGACAAGAGACUCCGACCGAGUGGAGGCAACAAAGAGGGAGUCAAAGGACACUCAACCAGUCAAGAAGGCACACAGGGAACAACAGAUUGAGCACAAAGAUGCUGAGCUGGUCAGGAGAGACGCCAUUAUUCAACAGCAAAGACAGGAUCCCCCUCCCAGACCUCCCAAACCUCCCCCCAGACCUCCACUCACUCUGAAACAUAGAAGAGGAAACCACAUGUUAAUCAACACGGGCAGCUCGGUACAGAGUGUUGUUAUCGGUGACACGGUGUAUGUUGAUGGAGGUGAUGCAGUCGAUAAUCGUGAUGACGGUACAGUGAUGAAGCUCGAGCAAGAUCAAUGGACCAAACUACCAGUGUACACUGCCAAGUUCUUCGCUAUGACAUCGCUCACUAAUCGACUAGUACUGGUGGGAGGACGUAAUAUAAAAAACCAGAAACAAACCGAUCAACUGUCUAUCUUUGAGUCAGGGGAAUGGAUUCACCCGUACCCACCAAUGAACAUUGCUCGUGAAACCUCAACAGCUGUCUUCUUCAACAACCACAUCAUUGUAGCUGGUGGGUAUGAUGAUAAAUACAAGCGUACCUCCUCUGUGGAGGUGUUGGACGUGGCAUCAAGAAGAUGGUACAUUGCUCAGUCACUACCUAACCCGCGAUCAUCACUGAAAUUAACUCUCAUAGGAAACACCCUCUACCUAAUGGGAGGGUUCGAUCACACUGGGGCAACCAAGACAGUGCACCACGUCGACCUCAAUGAACUUAUUGCAAAGGCCCGUUCCAACCUGGACACACCCACUCUCUGGCAGACUUUACAGGAAGUACCACUCAUGUGGUCAGCUCCUCUCAGUAUUGGGAGGUCACUAUUAGCCGUUGGUGGACGGAACAACAGACUCAACCCAAGUUCAUUGAUCCACCUCUACCAGCCUGACACCAGGAGGUGGGUGAAAGUGGGAGACCUGCUUACUGCACGAUACUGCUGCACAUGCUCAGUACUUCCUAGUGGAGAGGUCAUUGUAGCCGGAGGACUGACAAACAUUGGUCUCAUUAAAACUGUGGAAUUUUUGUCAGUAAGUUAAUUGUUAUGUUUGUUUUGUUGCCUUUUAUUUGAUUUUUGCAACCUUUUAUUUGAAAAUAAUUUUAGCCAGCUUGUUAUAUCGCCUACGCAUAUACCGUACCCUCGCGAAAAUACGCCCACCCUUUUCUGCAAGAAGUCUAGGUAGGGGACUGGCCGUUUAAUCACGAACUGCGAGUUUUCAUUC